AUGUCCGGUUCUCCACCACCGGAACGGCCUGCUGAACCUCCACAGAUCGCUGGCCGGCGAAGGAAGCGAUCACAUACCCCUCCGGUCACCACGACCGCUACGACUCUCGCGCCCAUCACUCCCUUGGACACCAGUGCUGCUCGACCGGCUACGUUGUUAAGAGGUGGUGAAACCCUCGGAGAGCUUGCUGUACAGCAUGACCCUUACGCGCUCAACUAUCCGCCACCUCCGACGACAUAUCAAGCCGCUUCGACCCUGCUAUCUUCGUCGACUAGUGCACAGGAUGCCCGAUUCGCGCUCAGCCCCAUAUCGCCUCGCACAACCCGGAAACCAAAGGCGCACGUUGCCUCAGCGUGCGUGAACUGCAAGAGGAAGCACUUAAGAGCGGCAAAGAGGUGUGUCUACCUAGGAGAUGAACGUAGGGAGGAAAAAGCUGACGUAUUUGUUAGGAAACCUGUCACGACGUCGAACACAAGAAGAGAGGCCGUCCUCCGCUCAAAGCGGAAGACCAAGCAAAUGUGA